CAAGCUUGCCGAGAACGGCCAGUAAACAGCGUUGGGACGAUGGAGGCCAAGAAAGCGGCCGCCAAGAAACCCGCGGGGGACGCGCAGCGCGGGAAAAAGCGUCGCGCCGGCGACGUCGGCGACAAGACGAAGGCGCAUGAUGGGCAUGGGCUCGGCGGAGCGCAAGGCGCCGAAAAGGUCGCACGCGCCGGCGGUACGCGGGCAUCGCCCUUGCGCCGCCUCACCUCGGGCACGCGCGAGGCAAUGACACCGCCGCCUUCGGCAGUCAAGCCGUUCGUUCGAGGCGAGAUGGCCGACAGCAUCAAGCACAUGAUGUAUGGAUUUGGUGAUGCGUGGGAGCCUGACAGCGACACGGUUGAGCUCAUGGAAGAGAUUACGAUCGAGUACAUCCGCUCAAUGACGAAGAAGGCGCUGGACCUCUCCAUCGCGAAGGGCAAGCUGGAUGCCGACUGCCUCAUCUUUCUCGUUCGGAAAUACCCGGAGAAGCUCGAGCGCGUCAAGGAGCUACUUGCGGCCAAUGAACUGCUCAAGAACGUUCUCAACAGCGGCUUCGACCCUCUUGAAGAAAAAUAAUUUCAACUGAGUGAGGCCUUAAAACACGUCAAAG